AUGCGGAGUCGGCCAGAAUCCCCAGUGGUGACCAUGGCGCUCCUGCGAGUGGUGUACGAGUGCGCUCCACAACUGCGCUCGCUCCUGCCUCGCACGCCGCAGCGCCGCUCACUGGACGGCUGGAUGAGCCACAAAGGUGAUACAAUCUCGAUGCCGUACAUACUUAUACUGGUCGUCGUCCUCGUACUCCUGGCACUAGGCAUGCUCGCCGUGUACUUCAUUUUAAGCUUCUUGACGGGCAGUGCUAAUCCCCCUGAAGAGUCUUCCGUCACUCCUUCACCGACAACACCACCAACAGUUGUUCCCCCUCCUGCCACUCCUGCCCCGCGGAGUCCCCCACCACCAGUUGCACCCCCAUCUCCCACUCCUCCUCCGCCAACUCCCCCACCACCAGUUGCCCUGCCUCCUGUCCCUCGCCCUCCGCCACCUCCACCACCAUCAGUUGUUCCCCCUCCUGUCACCCGACCUCCACCACCUCCACCACCACCAGUUGUUCCGCCUCCUGUCACUCGCUCUCCGCCACCUCCACCACCUCCAGUUGUUCCGCCUCCUGUCACCACCCCUCCGCCAUCUCCACCACCUCCAGUUGUUCCGCCUCCUGUCAGUCGCUCUCCGCCACCCCCACCACCUCCAAUUGUUCCCCGUCCUGUGUCUCGACCUCCACCACCACCAGUUGUGCCCCCAACUACCACUCCUGCUCCGCCGCCUCCCCCACCACCAGGUCGCCAGGGUGGCUACUCUGUCGGUGGUGAGUGA